GGGAAUAUCAUUUGAUACGGAGGAUAUACGGAGUGUAAAUUUUGCGCACCAAAGAUUCCUCGCCGAGUUUUCGAGACGGUUUAAAAAUGUUGGCAUUUGCGACAAGGCAUUUACGAAUAUUAAGUAAAAUAAAUAAUGGCACAAAAAUUGCAACUUAUUCCACUCUUCAAACUUCACUUUCUCGAAUAACUUUUGUCAAAUCAACACAAAAAUACUCUUUCUGUACAAAACCGACCGGUCCCAAAAUCACAGGUAGUUUAACAAAUAUACAAUCAAGAACGACACCAAUAGAAGCGAAACCAAUAAUAGAUCAAAAUCAAGGAAAUGAAAAAAGUGAAGAUUCGGAUAAAUCGGAUGAAGAGAAAAAAAAUAAAUCUUAUUCUCAAUUUACAAAAUAUUGCAUGGCUUUCUGUGGUGUCUCCAUGGGAGCUAUGGGUUCCUAUUUAGUUUUCGAAAUGGCAAGGCCAAAGUAUGAUGAACAAGGAAAUAUGAUCGAAGAUGAAUUCUCAAAUUUGCCAUAUCCAGAGCAAUUGUUUAAAAGAAUGUUAAGUGAGCUGAAUUAUUACAAAAAGCUUGUUCAGGAACCCAGCAGAGAUAAACUACUUCCUGAUCCUCUGAAAUAUCCCUACAUUCAACCUCAGUAUACUUUAGUUUUAGAAUUAAUAGAUGUUCUAGUUCAUCCAGAUUGGACAUAUCACACUGGAUGGAGGUUUAAAAAGCGACCAGGUGUCGAUAAAUUCCUAGAAGCAGUCGCUCCACCUCAAUUUGAAAUUGUAGUUUUCACAGCUGAACAGGGAAUGACAGUUUUUCCAAUUCUUGACGCUCUGGAUCCACAAGGAUUUAUUAUGUACAGACUAGUCAGAGAUGCGACUCGUUUUGUCGACGGACAUCAUGUAAAAGAUUUGGAUUCGAUCAAUAGAGAUCUUAGUAAAGUAAUUGUUAUCGAUUGGAAUGGUGAGAAUGUCAAAUAUCACCCAGAGAAUGUAUUGAGAAUUCCCCGAUGGAAUGGAAAUGAUGAUGACACGACCUUGUACGAUUUAGCUGCAUUCCUCAAAACAAUUCACGUUUCACAAGUGGACGAUGUUCGGGACGUUUUAAAUCAUUACAGACAGUUUGAAAAUCCCUUAGAAGCGUUUAGAGAAAACCAACGAAAAUUAUUGGUGCAAUUAGAGGAAGAUGAAGUGAAAGCCCAACAGGACGGUACGAAAGCUCUUACGACAAAAUGGAAACCAUCUUUUCUAAGAAAUCGUUAGUCAUUAAAAAAAAUAAAUGUUUGUUUAAUACAAAACUA